CUAGAAAGAGGGUGGGAAGGCCACCGAAGUAGCAGCAGCAAGCGUACGUGAUGUUGAGAACAGCGAGAGCACAGGUGUUGGCAGCGUUGCCAGGAAGAAGAGCGUUCACACACACGGCGGUCCGUGGACAAGUGAGCGGCGCCAGCAGCAGAAGCAGCGGGUCUGAUGAGCAGGCUCUCCUGCUGGAGAAGGUGCAGCUUCCGCAGAUUGACAGACUGAACGCGUUCAAGGCAGCAGGAGCCGGGAUCCCCGGGCUGCUGUCGCAGCACGUGCUGGAGGACGUGUGGUCCCGCCAGCUGGAGAGCAACCUCGGCCAGCUGAAGGAGGCCAUUGUGCAGUCGACGUCGAACAACUACCUGGACUGCUUCGACUCGGCAAACAGCAGCAUCGACAGAGGCGCCGACUCGUCGAACAAGAUCAUCAACCAGUACAGAGACCUUCUCCAGAAGAUCUCCAACAAGUUUGACGACGACGAGUCCUACUUGUUCGACCUGACGGCCUCGAUCUACAACCUCUUCUACUUCCUCUCCUCGCUCAAGGCAAACCCUGCAAACACCGUCGCCAAGGCCAGCGCGUCCGCCCUCUUGGCGUCCCCAGGAGAGGCUGUUGCCAACGCCCCAUCCAACGAGGUCUUUGUCUCCUUGAUUAACAAGUCCUUUGGCUCGAUGGACGAGUUCCUCACUUUGCUCUCAGACUCGGCAAACUCCAUCAAGGGAAACGGGUACACUUGGUUGAUCUACAAACACAUCGAGAACUCCGUCACGUUCUCCAAAUUGGGACACUUGUCCAUCUUGAACACCUACAACAACGGCUUGCCACACACGUUCACCUCAAACAGAGUGUCUUCUGGCAGAGAUUUUGAAAACAAAAAGCUGAAUAAGAACUACGAGUCCGAGAAGUUCUCGUCGAACAAGAUUCCCUCCAUGGAAGAUGCCGACGCCUUGAACUCCUUGAACUUCACCUUCACUCCGCUUCUCGCCAUAGGUUCAAACCCUGCGUUCUACUUGAGGGACUACGGGGUUUACGGCAAGCAGCAGUACAUCAACAACGUCAUCUCCUGUAUCGACUGGGAUAUAGUCAACGACAGAAUACCUUCCAAAAAAUAAGUUCGGGAGACCCACUCUGUAAUUAUGUACGUUUAUACAUUACCUGUAAAUAUCCUUUCUAUUCUACUAAUAAACUUUUUCUCUAUGUUGCAUGUGUUGAGAGGCAGGCGAUAUGGCAUGCGUAUUUCCAUCCAUCCAUGUCACCGGGAAAAAAAU